AUUUCAACUUUUAAAAUUCGAAAAGCCUGGUUUAUUUGAUCAUGCGUGUCCUACUUAAGUCUGCAUAAUAAAGCAGAAUAUCCCUUACUUGACCGUUUAGGCUGUUGAGUCCGAAAAAGUAGAGCGCAUGAACUAAAGCGACAAUCCAUUCCAUGAAUCUUAAAAGGACCGACUACGACAACAGUAUUAAUUUUAUGUUUCACGGGUGAUUUUGCCAUCGUACUCACAAAUCCAUCUGGAAAAUCCUUUCGCAUGUUUGAGUCAUCGGAUGAGCUGAUUUUAGGUGGGAAUUGCCCACAAGUGUUUGAAGAUGGAUCGGAAGGCUGUGAUCGCGUGUUUUUUCUUGGUUUUAUGUUGUUUUUCGAGUCUCUGUAGUACUAGCAAUGGUUUAAUUAAGAUGGGGCUAAAGAAGAAGAAGGCACUGGAUAACUCUACUUACAGUGUACAUGCUGAUAUGAUAAGAGGCGCGCUUAUUAGAAAGUUUGGGUUGCAGGGAAAUUGGGAAUUGGGGUCUGACGAGGGUGAGAGUGAUUAUGUACCUUUGAAGAAUUAUUUGGAUGCCCAGUAUUAUGGGGAGAUUGGUAUUGGAACUCCGCCUCAGAAUUUUACAGUUGUAUUUGAUACUGGGAGCUCCAACCUUUGGGUGCCUUCCUCUAAAUGCUACUUCUCGGUGGCUUGCUAUUUCCAUAAUUAUUAUAAGUCAUCCCAGUCAAGCACAUAUCAAAAAGAUGGAAAAUCCUGUAGUAUUCAUUAUGGCAGUGGUUCAAUUUCUGGUUUCUUGAGCAAGGACUAUGUCACUGUUGGGGAGCUUAUUGUGAAAGAUCAGGUUUUUACAGAAGCAACACGUGAACCGGGGUUAGCAUUUGUUACUGCCAAGUUUGAUGGAAUUCUAGGACUUGGAUUCAAGGAAUCUGCUAUCAACAAGGUUGUUCCAGUCUGGUAUAACAUUCUAAACCAAGAACUUGUGCAAGAUCCAGUCUUUUCAUUUUGGAUGAACAGAAAUGCAGAUGAAGGAGAGGGAGGAGAGAUAGUAUUCGGAGGUGUUAACCCAAAACGCUUCAAGGGUAACCAUACAUUUGUACCUGUUACACGAAAAGGCUAUUGGCAGUUUGAUAUGGGAGACGUUCUUAUUAGUAAUCAAUCGACAGGAAUUUGUGCUGGAGGUUGUGCUGCAAUUGCAGAUUCUGGAACUUCUUUGUUGGCUGGUCCUACGGCUAUUGUAACACAAAUCAAUGAUGCCAUUGAUGCCCCAGGUAUUGUCAGUCAAGAAUGUAAAACAGUCGUAUCACAGUAUGGAGAUUUGAUGUGGAAGCUCUUGAUGGCACAGACAAAUCCUCAGAGGGUGUGCUCACAGAUUGGCUUGUGCUCAUAUGAUGGUAGAAGAGAUAUCAGCAUGGGUAUAGCUAGCAUACUAAAAAGAGAAUCUCAUGGAGUGAAAGCAUCGCUGGGUUCUAGCGAUGCAAUGUGCAGUGCUUGCCAGAUGGCAGUUGUGUGGAUGCAGAACCAGCUUUCCUAUAACCAUACUAAGGAGCAAAUUCUGAGCCACUUGAGUCGACUCUGCGAGCGAUUGCCAAACCCUGAUGGACAAUCAGUUGUUGACUGUGAUCACUUAUCAAGCAUGCCAAACAUUACGUUUUCUAUUGGAAAUGAGAAAUUCAAGCUCUCUCCAGAUCAGUACAUUCUUAAAGUUGGCGAAGGUCCUAAAACUCAGUGCAUUAGUGGUUUUAUGGGCUUAGAUGUUCCUCCACCCAUGGGGCCUAUAUGGAUUCUUGGAGAUAUUUUCUUGAGUGUGUACCACACGGUUUUUGACUUUGGAAACCGAAGAGUGGGAUAUGCCGAAGCUGUCUGACAAUGCUUGUAUAAAUGGCCUUUAGCAGACUGGGAGUGUAAAUAUUGGGAUUUGACGAACUAAUUCAGACUUCCUCUCAAAUCUAUCGAAUAUCUACCAUUUUAAAUUUUUAUUAGGUAAUAGGAUUUUUUGUAUGAAGAUAAUUCUAAGAGUGCAAGAGAUGCACAUGGUUGUUUUUCCUACCAGAACAAAUUAUGCUGUAGAAAACAUUCCAGAGCAUCAAUACGAUCCUGUGGCGAUUCUUCAUGUUUCCCUUGAUUGUAUUCACUGUUCAGUACUUGAGAUCAAACACUGUAAUUACGUCUCAAUCUCAAAUUUAAUGUUAGAAAAUGGACAAAUGUUUUGAUAAACAAUUGAUACUUAUUGCACUAUGUAAUUUCUAGUGCAAAAUUAUAGUCAAUACAAUGAGAUGUAAUAUGAAUGUCAUACGAUCAUAAUCUUCAAUGAA